GUGUCGGUUCUCCUUGGUUCUGCGUCAAACCCUCCCCGUGGAACAUCUGUCAGCCCUGCUCCUCCAGACCCUGUCUUCCGGGUUUUGAUUGGACCAGGUGUGUAUGUUAGUGUUUGUUCUGGUGAGUCUCGGCAGACCCAUGGCAUUCGUGGAGCCCCGCCCACUCCGCUUGGAUUGGUAGAGGAUCUUGUAGAGAUGCGGGGCAGAAAACCCUCCGCCCCCACGUCUCAGUCACACCCCAGCGCUGCAGGGUUUUUGUGUGCUCGCUGUGUCUCUCUCUCUCUCUCUUCCCUGGUCUAUUUUUGUCUUUGGCUCCUCCCCCUCACUAACGAGCUAUUUUAAAAUUCAACCCCCGCAUCCCCACAAUGCCACAGCAGCCAAGAAGUAAAAGAGUACGUCUUCUGACACUCUGAAAUCAGAAGGUUUGUUGUCGGCGUCCCUCCUCCCUCCCUCCCUGUGCUUCAUUCAGCUCCCCCCCCCCGUCAGUGAGGGUGGUGCUGAACCGCCCGCAGCUCCUGGUUGCAGUCGGAGCUUCUCUGUCGGAGCGGCGGCUGGAGGAUGGAGGGCUGUUGCUGAAGUCCCACUCGUCUCCCUCUCCUGUCAUUCUCCCAGCUCUUUGUUCUAAUUUUGGAAACAUGGAACCUCGGAGAGCGCUCUCCCAAAGCUAUUUUCGUCCUUGCUCCUCCUCCUCCUCUCCCCCUUCUCCUCCUCUCCCCCUUGUUUUUCGGGAGAACAGGACUCUCUAGCUCCGUUUCUUGGUCGCGCGGCAGAGAGUCCGUCUUUGCUGCUGCCGGUUGGGAAUUUUUUUUGCUUGUUUGUGGAACUGCAACUUUCCUCCUGCGGCUGAAGCGGCUUCCUGAACGCACCGCUGCAGGUCCGCCUCUCAGGAGCCAGAUUUGUGCCAGGAUCAGGGUGAUCCAUGCUCUUACCUCAGAGAGGACUUCCUGGAAGCGCGGGAUAGGAGGAUUUGUCUCAGGUGAUGGUGACCGGCGCCAGAGCCUGCGGCUUGGGAGCUGUCACAGCGUUGCAGGCUGCUCAGUCCCAAGUCGGCGUGAUGGGGUCUCUGUGAAGGGGUGCUUCCUGAACUGUAGCAGCGGCUCUUGUCCUGGCACGCGGCUGCAGCCGCCCGUGUCAGGACUGUGCGCCAUGUUGCAGACCAUCUAUGAGACGGAUUCUUGCUUUUCCUCUGCAGACGGCCGCCAGCAGCCUCUGCAGCUCCUGAGUGGCAAACAGGGCUCCAGCGCAGCCAUGCCCAUCGCUGUGGCAGAGGUGAAGAGUGGCCUCCAGUCAGGCAUGCAAAGCCCAGCAGCAGCAAGCAGUGAGCAGAGAGGAGGAGCUACAGAAGGAGGAGGCGGGCUUGCAGAAAGCUCUGGAACAGAAGGAGGCCCAGUAGACCUAAGGAACGAGCCUAGGGUGGGGUCUCUGUCUGGGGGAGUGGCAGUGGACACAACCCUACGAGAGCAGCAGCUUCAGCAGGAGCUGGUGCUCCUCAAACAGCAGCAGGAGCUGCAGAAACAGUUGCUGUUCGCUGAGUUUCAGAAGAAGCACGAGGUUCUGACGCGGCAGCACGAGGUCCAGCUGCAGGAGCACCUGAAGCAACAACAGGAGCUGCUGGCGGCCAAGCGCCAACAGGAGCUGGAGCAGAAACGGAAGCUGGAGCAGCAGAGGCAUGAGGAGCAGGAGAAGCAGAGGCUGGAGCAGCAGCUGCUGCUGCUCAGGAACAAGGAGAAAGGCAGAGAGAGUGCCAUCGCCAGCACGGAGGUGAAGCUGAAGCUGCAGGAGUUCCUACUCAGUAAGAAGGAGCCUGGACCCAGCGGACUGAACCAUUCCUUCUCCCCAAAGUGCUGGGCUGCUCAGCACCCCUCCCUGGACCAGGGCUCUCCUCCUCAGGGUAGCACUCCUGGCACUCCCCCCUCCUACAAACUACCCUCGCUGUUGGGAAGCUACGAAGGCAAAGAUGACUUCCCUCUACGCAAGACAGUCUCAGAACCCAACCUGAAGGUGCGGUCCCGACUGAAGCAGAAGGUGGCUGAGAGGCGCAGCUCCCCCCUUCUGCGUAGAAAGGACGGCACUGUCAUCAGCACCUUCAAGAAAAGGGCCAUCGAGAUUUCAGUCUCCUCCAUGUGCAGCAGCGCUCCGGGUUCAGGUCCCAGCAGUCCCAACAGCUCCAACACGGCCAUAUCAAACGGCAGCACGGGGUCGGUCCCCAACAUCCAGACUGAGCUCCGGUCGCUUCAUCAGAUGCUGGGUGCCGACGGGACGCUGAGCCUGUACACGUCUCCCUCUCUGCCCAACAUCUCCCUGGGUCUGCCCGCCAACACGCACAUCCCGCCUACACAGAAGCUGUCUGCCCAGCAGGAGGCCGAGCGCCAAGCCAUCCAAUCUCUGCGAGGGGGCGGAGCUUUGACAGGGAAGUUUCUGUCGACGUCCUCCCUGCCUGCAGGCGGUGGCCAUGAGGUUGAGGCUCCUCCUCCCACCUCUCACUCCACCCACUCUUCGCUUCUGCAACACGUGUUGCUGUUGGAGCAGGCCAGACAACAAAGCGCAAUGCUCGUGCCCGUGUACAAUCAAUCGCCGCUGGUCACUGCUGAGAGGGGCGUGGCCUCUGGUCUCCGUUCCGUCAAUAAGCUGCCUCGCCACCGGCCGCUGGCUCGCACACAGAGUGCUCCUUUGCCCCAAUCCCCCCAGGCCCUGCAGCAGCUGGUGGUCCAGCAGCAGCACCAGCACUUCCUGGAGAAACAUUACAAGAUGCUGUCAAAAGGGGCAGACCUCCCCCGGCCCCCGCCCACUCACCCAGAGGAGACGGAGGAGGAGCUGACAGAGAGCAGUGACAUGCAGGAGGACGAAGGGGAGGCGAGCGUGAGCAGCCUCCAGAGGGAGGGGUCCCAUGACCGCAAACACGCCUCCGAACAGCUCUUUGUGCACGUGAAGGGGGAGGAGGAGCACUCAAGUGGCCAGGUCAGAGAUGAGAGCACAGAGAGUGAGCUGGAAGAAGAGGAGGAGGACGAUGAGGUCGUCCCGCUGAGAGAAGGCGAGGAUGAGGAGAGAGGGAGCUUCAUCCAGCCCCUGCAGCCGCUGGGCGUCUUCCAGUCCUCGUUGGCCCACAAAUAUCUGGGACGGUCCAAGUCGUCUCCCACAGCGUCCAUCAAUCCUGUCAAGCACCUCUUCACAACUGGUCUGGUCUACGACAGUCUGAUGUUGAAGCACCAGUGUGUGUGUGGAAAUGCCCACAUCCAUCCGGAGCAUGCAGGCCGGGUCCAGAGCAUCUGGUCCAGACUGCAGGAGACGGGCCUACUGGGCCGCUGUGAGAGGAUACGUGGACGGAAGGCAUCUCUGGAUGAGAUCCAGUCUGUUCAUUCGGAGUUUCACACGCUGCUGUACGGAACCAGCCCACUCAAUCGGCACAAACUGGACCACAAGAAGCUUCUGGGUCCCAUCAGUCAGAAGAUGUACGCCGUCCUUCCCUGUGGAGGCAUCGGGGUGGACAGUGACACCGUGUGGAAUGAGAUGCACUCCUCAGCAGCGGUCCGCAUGGCUGUGGGCUCCGUCAUCGAGCUUGCCUUCAAAGUGGCAGCAGGAGAGCUGAAGAAUGGUUUUGCAGUUGUACGUCCGCCGGGCCACCACGCUGAGGAGUCCACAGCCAUGGGGUUCUGCUUCUUCAACUCCGUGGCCAUUGCUGCUAAACUGCUGCAGCAGAAGCUGGGCGUGGGGAAGAUCCUGAUCGUGGACUGGGACAUUCACCAUGGAAACGGCACCCAGCAGGCCUUUUACACGGAUCCCAGCGUGCUCUACAUCUCGCUGCAUCGCUAUGACGAUGGAAACUUCUUCCCCGGCAGCGGAGCCCCUGAGGAGGUGGGGUCCGGAGCAGGUGUGGGCUUUAACGUGAACAUAGCGUGGACCGGAGGCGUGGAGCCCCCCAUGGGGGAUGUGGAGUACCUCGUUGCUUUCAGGAGUGUGGUGAUGCCCAUCGCUCAGCGGUUCAGUCCUGAUGUGGUUCUGGUGUCUGCGGGCUUUGAUGCAGUGGAGGGCCAUCAGUCUCCUCUGGGGGGCUACAACGUCUCUGCCAAAUGUUUCGGACAGCUCACCCAGCUGCUGAUGGGUCUGGCGGGUGGGCGGGUGGUCAUGGCUCUGGAGGGGGGCCACGACCUGACUGCCAUCUGUGACGCGUCGGAGGCCUGCGUGUCUGCACUGCUGGGAGACCUGUGUGACUCCACCUUUCAGUGGCCGCUGGACAAUCCCUGUCCUAAAGCUUGUGCCUCCUUGGAGCGGGUCAUCGAGAUCCAGAGUAAACACUGGUCCUGUCUUCAGCCUUUGUCCCAGACCAGCGGGCGCUCGCAGCCUGACGGAGGUCAGGGGACGCAGUCGGAGAAGGACGAGGCGGAAACGGUCAGUGCCAUGGCGUCGCUGAGCGUGGACGUGGAGCAGCCUGUUUCUGUUCCUGAGAGCACGGACAGCAGCAGGUCCACAGAGGAGCCCAUGGAGGAGGAGCCUAUCUUGUAGGAGGAGACUGACAUUUAGGGAGGAGCCUGCCUUGCAGAAGGAGCUCCAACCAGAAGAACAUCAGUCGUCUUUUCCUCCUUGGAGCAACUCUAUCCACUCUUGUUCCUCUUCCUCCACCUCACGUGCGUGCACGUGCACACACAGUGGAGUUGUUGUUGUUGUGGGGGACUCUGAUUGGCUGAGGCUAAGUUGGGUUCUGAGAGGAGUUUGGACUUGUUCCGCUUUGACUCCUCCUCCCAGUAAAGUGCAGACGACUUGCUAGCAUCUCCAUGGAAACGGAGGGGUGCCCCCAUGGUACUCAUGUUUGCUUCACCACCAGAUGCUCAUUUGCUCCCUCCAACCGUUCCUAUUCCAUUUCAGCCCACUGAGGGGGGACGCGUGAGCUCUGAACGUCCAGCAGGAGGCUGACGCCUGGUCGCCUUGAGUCUGGCAGAAGCUGCGGUAGGAGGUCAUGUGGGGGAGCAGGUGCCUUUCUUCUGUCCAAUAGGAAGCCACAAAAGGCAGUAGGAUAUGUGGAGACACCGCUGCAGCCGGACAGAUGGAUUCUGACUGAACUUUUCUGCCAACCCCCCACCUCCACCCCCUCCCUGCCUCAGGGUUGGGUCAGGCUGAUUUGGGCCGCCACCCGCACCUUUCUUCUGGCUGACAGCGGCAGAACUUUUUAUCUCGUGACGUGUUUGUUAUCUCACAAGCAUCAUCAAUUUUCUACACCUGUACAUACGUGAGUGCACUCGUACUGGAACUUUUGAACAGAUUCGGCGAGGCCGGCCUGCGUCCGUUGGCAGGUUCCUCUGGCGUGACGGGAACCACGCUGCCCCCAUCAGGCAGAGAGCGGCAGCUGCAGCUCAGUACCUGUGGACCGGGAAUGCUGACCUGCAGACGUUGGCUUUGUUUUUGCUUAAAAAAAAAAGCAUCAAUGUGCCAAAUCAUGAUACUCCCUCCGUUUUGCUCGAAUGGUGCACAGGAAGUGUUUUAGCCAUCUUGGCCUCUACUUCAAGCCCACAAACUCUGGCUUUCGCCCUGUAUUGUUCUUCAACACUGAUUGUUUUGGCGAGGGCUGAGACCCCCGCAACCACAGAGAAACAUUUACUUCAGUUUACUUAAGAGAACGGAAAAUCCUUUAAAAAAGAUCAAACUUAAGGUCAGAUUAUUAAGUGAUGCUACUUUACAUAAACUGAAAUAUUUUGGGUUUUUUUUGGCGGGGGCUUAUUGCUCCAGUGCCUUCUACAGUCAUCCCAUGUAUGAAGUUCCUUAAGGAGAGCCGUGGACCACGCCUCCCCCCACGCCACAGUUCUGCCGUUACACCACUGAGCCGAUCCGGUUGCUCCAUGGGACGCCCACAGAACUGAAUCACACAGUCCCAGACCGUCAGUCACAAACACUACAGCACCAUGACAAGCUGCCUCUGGUCGGCACCCCCACCCACCUCCAUCAACAUUGCUGACGUCAUGCAUUUACGCUAGUCCACCUUUAGCAGAACCGGGUUAGGGUUAGGGUUCUUAUCAUUCCAAACUCAAACCAAGUUUUGUUUUGUUAUUGCUAGGAGGCCUGGAAACCUUUAGGUUGUGGUAUAGGCAGCCUAUAGCUCCAUCUGGUGGCCACUACAGACAGCUGCGCUUUGAAAAAUAAUUGAGGGACAAGUUGUAAUACAUAAAUUAAAAAAAGACGUACACUUUUUUUCAUUAAAAUACAUAAAAAAUGAGGAAAAAAGAAGAAAAAAGCAUUUUGGUGUUGAAAUACAAAACCUGUAAAGGCUAAAAAAGAAUUAAUGUGAAGAAAACAAAUCUAUUUAUUAACCUUUUAGUUUUAAAAUGUGUAUGUCUUUUAAUUUAUGGCUUUGUUAAGUUUCUCUACGUACUUGUUACUGUGUGUUUCUGGCCGUUGUGGUCAUGAGACAUCCCAGCGUGCUUCUGUAUGAGUUGAUUUUUCAGUACCUGAAAAUUCAGCCUCAAAGGGGGGGAGCUUGUCGCAGGAAGGUGGUCCAAAGCGCUGCACAUGUCAUUCUGUGGGCGCCAUCGCCAUCUCGUUUCAUCACGACGAUGGAGAAAAGGCUGGGUUUGGUUUCUGUUUGGAAGGGAAAACUCUCAGAUAACAGAUGCGUUUAUGGUGUUUCUCUGCAGCCAAUCUGUGGCCUGGAGUCUACCAAUGCUGAUAAAAAAAAAACCAAGCACACACAUGUAAAUGCCAUAGAUCAGCAGGCCAGCGAGGCUCAUGGGAAACCAAAGAGCGAUGGUUGACGGGGAAGCAGCAGCUGUGGUUUGGUGCCUUUAGUUUUACCAAUCCCAUGAAACCUGAAAGAUUUGAAGAGCUGGUGCUGUCAGCAAAAACUCUGCUGUGGGGGAGCGCAGUAAGCAGGGGGGUGUUGUCCAGAGGCCGCAGAACUAGGCACACUGAGACGCACAUCGUUCUGCUACAUUUGGGCUUUUCAUGUGAUGUCUGGGGGAGGGGGGGGGGCUUUGUUUGGACUUUUUUAUUUGCUUUCCUUAAAGGAGGGGGUCUCUGUUACUGUUGUUUAACUCUUGACUAAAGUUUCUGUUUGUGUUGAAAUGAUCACAUUCCACCCCCCCCCCCCCCCCCUCAGUGUUUGUUGCCACUAUGGUCUCACUCAGUCACACGUAAAAAAUAUUACCAUUCACGUGUGUGUGUACACGCUCGAUGACGCAAUCUUUGUUGGGGGGGGGGGGUACCAUUGCCGCUGGUUGUCGUGUCGUUCCUGCUGACGGAGAUGAAAAGGGAUCGUCCCCCCUCCCCUCCCCUCCCGCCGUGGACAUUUUCUCUAAGCCUCUUUUUAUUACUCUCACUGUAAUGUUGUGAUGUUGGUUCUGAUUCUCCGUUUCCUUUAUUUUAUUUUUUUUAGUGGGCUUCUUGUUACCUUCGUCAAUAAAGCAGUUCCCACAGUGUU